AUGGGACAGAUCGAGAAGCCGAAGAAGAAAGGGAGGCCAUCCAAGGCGGAUCUAGCUCGCCGCUCCUCCUCCAAUGCUUUCCUUCCUCCUUCGGGGCCACUGAUUCGGAGCGACGCCGGAGCCUCUGCCGCCGGAAUGCCGGUGCAUAGAGCUCACGCACGCGGAGGGGCCACCGCCGCCGCAUCGUCGUUGUCUUUUGAGGAUGGCGACGAGGAUGGGGAGGGGAAGCCGUUGAAGAAAUGGCGAAUCAGCGGUGGCAGAGGAGGCGAGAGUGAAACUGAGGCAGACGGGAGUGAGGAUAAAAAUCUGGGAAACGACGAUGAGGAAGAUGAUAAUAACGACCAAGAGGAAAAGGAAGCGGAUGAUAAAGGGUUGCCGGACUCGGUGCCAGGGACACCCUCUGAUCGCCUGGAUUCUUAUCCCUUGCCUGAUAAGAAAGUGUUGUAUUUGGUGCUGCACAAGCUUCAAAAGAAGGACACAUGUGGCGUUUGCUCCGAACUGGUGGAUCUUGAGGAGCUUCCAAAUUAUCUUGAUGUGGUUGAUCAUCCGAUGGAUUUUGCCACAGUGCGGAAGAAGCUGGGAAAUAGCUCGUACUCCACGUUGGAACAAUUUGAGAGUGACAUACUUCUAAUUUGCUCAAAUGUAAUGAAAUAUAAUUCAUCAGACACCAUAUAUCAUAAACAGGCACGUGGCAUCCAAGAAUUGGCUCAAAAGAAGUUUGAGAAGUUAAGGGUUGACAUUGAACGCUCUGAGAUAGAGCGUAAGUUUGAACAGAAAAUGAAGUCCAACUUCUCGGCCAAGAAGCAAAUGAAGAAGCCUUUGAGUAGGGCCACACUGGAACAUGUGGGGUCUGAUUUCUCUUCAGGUGCCACUCUUGCUAAUGCCGGGGAGGUUCAGAAUGGUCCCAAUGGUGUUUUGAGUGGUGCCUGUGAGAGGCCUUGUAACAUGGAUGCUCUUGUAGAGGGCAGCUUGUCUCUGGUUGAUAAUACUAAUCUAGAAAAACUUGAAGAACUAUCAUCAGGGAAGGGCCCUUGGCCCAAGAUGGGAAAGAGACUGUCUGUCCUGGAUGACAACCGCCGUGCAAUAUAUAACAUAUCCAGUCAAUCAGUUGAAAGACCUGACACAAUAUUCACAACAUUUGAGGAUGAGCUCGAGCAGCUGGUUGCUGUGGGGCUUCAUGCAGAAUAUUCCUAA